AUGGCUUCGGGGCCUCAGCCCAAGAGAGAUCUGCUGCAAGCAGUGACAGAAGUCCUGGCUGCAGAACUUCGAGCUUACCUGAAAUCCAAAGGAGCAGAAAUCUCAGAAGAAAACUCUGAAGGUGGACUUCAUGUGGACUUGGCACAGAUUAUAGAAGUUUGUGAUGUGUGCCUGAAAGAGGAUGACAAAGAUGUUGAGAGCGUGAUGAACAGUGUAGUCUCUUUGCUUCUUAUCCUGGAACCUGACAAACAAGAAGCACUGAUUGAAAGCCUGUGUGAGAAGUUAGUAAAAUUUCGGGAAGGAGAGCGCCCAUCUCUUAGAUUGCAGCUACUGAGCAAUCUCUUCCAUGGUAUGGAUAAGAACACUCCUGUGAGAUACACGGUGUACUGCAGCCUUCUUAAAGUGGCCUCAUCAUGUGGUGCCAUCCAGUACAUUCCAACUGAACUAGAUCAGGUCCGAAAAUGGAUUUCUGACUGGAAUCUCGGCACAGAGAAAAAGCAUACUCUGCUGAGACUGCUGUAUGAUGUCCUAGUAGACUGCAAAAAAAGUGACACUGCAGCAAAAGUAAUGGUGGAACUACUGGGAAGUUACACAGAGGACAAUGCUUCCCAGGCUAGAGUUGAUGCUCACAGAUGUAUUGUACGAGCAUUGAAGGAUCCAAAUACCUUUCUCUUUGAUCAUCUUCUUGCCUUAAAACCAGUCAAAUUUUUGGAAGGAGAACUUAUUCAUGAUCUUUUGACGAUUUUUGUAAGUGCUAAACUAGCAUCCUAUGUCAAGUUUUAUCAGAACAACAAAGACUUCAUUGACUCCCUUGGCUUGUUGCACGAACACAAUAUGGCAAAAAUGAGGCUGCUUACUUUCAUGGGAAUGGCUGUAGAGAAUAAAGAAAUAUCAUUUGACACAAUGCAGCAGGAACUUCAGAUUGGAGCUGAUGAUGUAGAAGCGUUUGUUAUUGACGCUGUAAAGACAAAGAUGGUAUACUGCAAAAUAGAUCAGACACAGAGGAAAGUAGUUGUCAGUCACAGCACACAUCGGACUUUUGGAAAGCAGCAAUGGCAGCAAUUGUACGACACUCUAAACACCUGGAAACAAAAUUUGAAUCAAGUGAAAAACAGUCUCCUCAGUCUCUCAGACACCUAAAUUUUUUUUUUUGACGUAGUAAUGUCACUAUAGAUGAAAUUUAUUCAAAACUUGGACAAUUUGUGAAUGUUUCCAAAAUGUAUGCAAUUGGUUUAAAUAAGCUAAAUCUUCUAAAUUGCAACACACAAAAAAAGCAAUAAAACUAACAUGGGAAA